AUGGCCCCCCCUCCUGAUGUGUUGUCUCCAUCUCUCCUUCUUGUGGCUGAUCUGGUGGUGAUGCCUAAAAAAGAAUGUGAUGUAUUGGGAGCGUUGGUCAUAUGUCCUUGGGCAUCUGUACUGUCGUUGUCUGAUCCAGAACUGGUAUCAGGUGUCUGUUGGUAUAGACCCUCUGUCUUCUCUGGCGUCUAUGUUGCGCUGCUGUUCUCCAGAGGUGCAAGCGCUGGGGACAAACUGUUUAUUACAAAUGGUGAAGAAUCAAACUACAAUGAUGCAAGUUUAACUUGCCACAGAGCUGGUGGUCAGCUGGCUUCACCUGCCAAUUUCGACGAGAACUAUGCUGUGGAAAAGAUUGUGUCGCAAUAUAACAAACUUGCCUACCUGGGUAUAAAUGAUUUUCUGACAGAAGGCAGAUUUAUGUAUCCAAAUGGGAAUCUUAUUUUUUAUUCUAACUGGAAUAUAAAUGAGCCCAACAAUGAUAAAGGGGUAGAAGAAUGUGUAGAAAUGUUAACAAAUGGAAAAUGGAAUGAUACAACUUGCAAAAAACAGCACCUGAUAAUUUGUGAAUUUUCAUGA